AUGUCUUGUGUUUCGGCCAAUCAAUCGGUGGUCACAAAAGGGUUGUCCGAAGCGAUCGGGCGCUGUGCUCACAAUACAAUCGCCGAUAACUAUAAUCGCCGCCGUAAUAACCCGUUCACUACAUUCUACUCCCGAUACAGCGUACGGACAAUCACGUGGAACCUGCAGUCGGGUCAAUGCCGGAGCGAUUUGCGGCCACUGCUGGGCAUCGAUGGCCUCCACACCGACACCACUGCCGCCGGCGACCAGCCGUUGGCCGACGUGUACGCCAUCGGUCUGCAGGAGUUGUGCGCCCGAGAGUUGAGCGACCAGUUUGUGGACUCGUGGACACCAGAGUUUGACCGCUUGUUUACCGGUUUAGACUACGUUAGGCUUAAGCGCCACCGCUUUGCGGACGCGUCGCUCGUGGUCUACACCCGACGGCAACUGUUGCCACACUUUCGAGCCGUUGAGGCGCACAGCCGUCGGUCAGAAUCGCCGCCCAACAAAGCGGUGGCCAUUGGCCUGACUGUGGACGGGGUGUCGGUCUGUAUUGUGAACACACAUCUCACACCACACGAGCAAAACACUGAGAAACGGGUCGACAAUUAUAACGAAAUAAUCGCCGACUUGUGCUUCACUGGCCGUAAAUCGGCCGACAUUUUAAGCCAUGAUUACGUCCUAUGGAUGGGUGAUCUGAACUUCCGGAUCGACGAACUGACCGGCGAUGAGAUUCACGACAUUAGCGUAAAGACCAGCAGCGGAACUGUCAAUAGGUUUGCGCCACUUUUGGCCAAAGACCAGCUAAAUCGCGUCCGUCUGGAGGGCCGUGCGUUCAGUGAGUUUAGCGAAAGUGAGCCGACAUUCGCGCCGACCUAUAAGUUCUUCAUCGAUACCAGUGAUUAUGAUUACAAAGAUCCGGUCAGACCUCGUAAGCCGGCCUUCACUGACCGUAUUUUAUACCGCUUUACGGCUAACGCCUACGAGAAUACAACACUUGAUUUACAACAACUCAAUUAUACAUCUCAUCCGCAAUACAAACAAUCGGACCACAAACCGGUGUCCGCUCUCUUCCACCUCAAGACCCGGCCGUUCGUUAGUGGCCAGACAUACGUGACAUUUGCGCCGAUCGCCAAUUGGCGGGUGAACCGGGACUUUACCGCAUGGUUUACUAUCACUCCCGCCGACGACAGCGCAAUCGAUACGCUGUCCGCCAGUGAUUUUAUCGGUUUAUAUAAAUCCGAUUUCAUAUCAAUUGACGACCGCUUGUUAUACGUCGGCGCAAAUCCAGUGCCCACUCGUUGGUCACCUCCGGGACAAAGUGGCGAUCACUCGGACAACAAUAAUGGCCAGAGUGUGGAUACGAGAACCGCCGCCAACUCUGAGCCCUGGUUUUUGGUGCACUUCUCAGAGCAAACACUUUCAACGGCCGAUCGGUUCCGCUUAGUAUACGUCACACAAACCGGUGAUGUAUUGGGUGUGAGCGACCAGUUUGUGGUCACCCAUUGA